CCCUGAAGUGUAUGGAGAGAGAUCGACCUGUUUUAUUGUGGUCAGCCAGAAGCACAAGACAACACGACUGCCCGCGGCUUGACCUUUGUGGGUUGGCAGCCAGUUCGUGCAACACUAGAAAAAGAACGGCAGACAAUGAGUAUGGAAGGGAGGUGGAUCAUUACUAAGAUAUUUUUGCGUAGGUUGAAUUUUUGUCAAUAGCAUGUUGUAAAGUUCUGCAACAAAGGACACUUGGCAACAGCUUAGUGACGAUAUAGCACUCUAACAAUCGAACGUAGAUUAAUUUGAGUUGCAGGUGCAAAGCCUGACAUUGAUUGGUUUGGGAACACUAGUCACAAACUAUAUAGCUGGUACCAGGAUACGAUUUGGGAGGAGAUUGGUGUCACACCGAAAUAGACUGGCUAAACUUACAGUAAUAAGUUCCGUUUCAAGUUUCAGGCAGCGGCACUCGCUUGGGGCUCAGUCGACUACUGAUAGUGCCUUUGAUACUUCCUACUUCCAUUCAACUCGAACAGGAAACGACCACCCAUCAGAGUGCUGGGCGGGUACAUCUUUGAGCCCGCGCUCCGCCAGUACAACAUGGAGUACUAUGAGAAGAGAGUCGAGAUGCGGCCGAGCAAUGCUGCGAGGUUGAUGAUGGACACAGCCCUGGUGGAGCCAGCCAACAGCCGACCAGUCUCGCCAAUGUCAGGCGGACGGGAGGACUCCCCCCAUGUGGCUCCAGCCCGCAGGCGCCAGGCUUCAAGCCCAGUGCGUUUAAGCGCAUGCCGCCAUCAGCUGAACGCUGGAGGCGCCAGAUGGCAACAGGGACACCCGGCCUCACAACGUCCGCCGCCCACGGAGGGCGGAAGCCAACUGGUGUCAAGCAGCUGCCGAGCUCGAAUGGACUCAGUCAUGACCUUUGGGGGGUCCUUACCCCUGCCACCCGUGGGCUCACUGGUUCCCAGCCGCGAGGACCAGCCAAUUGGAGGUGACUCCCUGCUGCCGGAGGAGGAGUCUGAAGACCGACUCAACUUGCCCCCGGAGGGGUCUAUCUCGCCACAGAACCUGCCGCCGGAGGGGUCGAUUCAACUACAGAACUUCCAGGCAUCUACAUUUCCACCAGACGACAGACCCACAGGCAGCUUUCGAGAAGGCUCACACACACCACCAAAAGGCAUCCUCUUUCCGCCACAAGGCUCCAUAACAGCUCAAAGCUUUCCACCGCAGGGCUCAGUUGGGCCACAGAACUUUCCA